CAGCUGACGGUAUUGUUUUGAUUAGCUGGUCGGCAGACCACCCUUGCCUUCCAUUAAGAUCUAAUUUAUCAGUCUAAAGACAAAACCAUGGGGGACGAACAAGACAUAAUGUGCAAACUAGAAAACAUUAUGGAAAUACGGUAAAAAUAAAAAAUAAAGUAUAUAUAUUCUUCUUCAAAGAAACCACAUCUGGUAAAUGUAGCUGGAUGGCUCAGGAAAAGAUCAGGGAGACGAAUUGUCUCGCCAGCUGAUAUUAGCGUCUUGGCUUUGUUAUUGUGCGAGGAAGCUAGCUAUAUGUGUCGACAUAGCCUCGAGCAAGGAAUAAGACGGUACAGAUGCAGAAGAUCAAGUCUCGUCUGAAGUCAGAGUUUGAGUCCCUAGAGUCUGAGGAGAAACAUCUGAAGGAAUACAAACAGGAGAUGGACCUCCUAAUGCAGGAGAAGAUGGCCCAUGUAGAGGAGCUACGACUUAUACACGCUGAUAUCAAUGUGAUGGAGAGCACUAUAAAGCAGUCAGAGAACGACCUGAACAAGCUGCUGGAGACGACGCGGAGGCUCCAUGAUGACUACAAACCCCUGAAGGAACAUGUAGACGCACUGAGGAUGACCCUGGGCCUUCACAGACUGCCCAACCUCAACGAAGAGGAGGAGAAACUCUCCCUGGAUUACUUUGAGAAACAGAAGGCUGAGUGGCAGAAGGAGCCUCAUGAGCCCACAAUCCCAGAAUCCCUUGCAGCAGCGGCUGCUGCAGCCCAACAACUCCAGGUCUCCCGGAAACAAGACGCCCGCCAGACUGCCACUUUCAGACAACAGCCCCCUCCCAUGAAGGCCUGUCUGUCAUGCCACCAGCAGAUCCAUCGUAACGCUCCCAUCUGUCCACUGUGUAAGGCCAAGAGUCGCUCCCGCAACCCCAAGAAACCCAAGAGGAAGCCUGACGAGUAGACACACAGUAGACACACACACACAAACAUAUCUUCAUAACCUUCUCCAUGCCAUGGAACCUGCAUUUAGUAUUAACUUCAUUAUCCUAAGUGUUUUUUAAUGGUGCUAAAGUGUUGAAAUGUAAUUGGUUAAGGUUUAAUAGACCGUAACCAUGUUAUAUGCAAUAAUACAAACCAUUAUACUGUAGCUGUACCCAUGUUGUGAUUGGUUCAGGCAUUAUACAUGUAAAACUGACUGAAUGUACUUGUUACUCUGUAUUUAGUAUGUUUACAUUGCAUGAACACUUUCCAUGGCUGAGCUAUAAUGACUGUGUUGUAACUGUUUGUGAUGAUAUGAAAGUGGGUUUUAUUGUUGCAGUGUAUAACCCAGGAAGUUGUUCUAAUGUUUACUGAACACAUAAGGGACGGUCACGGACUGAGAAAACCAUGACGCUUAUUUGCUUUUAACAGUGUUGUAAUGUGAAACUUUAAUACAAGAAUUGAAAAAUAAAUGUCUGUUUUGUACUG